GCAGCGCCUGCUUCGCGCGUCGGCCGCCAGGGUCCCGCGCAGCCCGGGAGCUGCGGGCGCAGUGCAAGCUCUGCCGCCGCCGGAUCCCGACCGCAGCCGCGAUGCCGGGCAGCUCGAGACAGUCGGGUCGCGAGGCGGGCUCGGCCCUGCUCUCGCUGCCGCAGGAAGACCAGGAGAAUGUCAAACCCGACAAGGUGGCGCCAGCCCAGCAGCCGCGGGCGCAGGCAGUGCUCAAGGCCGGGAACGCGCGGGGCACCGCGCCGCAGCAGAGACUCAAGACUCGGCGGGUUGCGCCUCUUAAGGACCUUCCUAUAAACGAUGAGCAUGUCACUGCUGUUUCUUCGUGGAAAGCAAACAGUAAACAGCCUGCCUUCACCAUUCAUGUGGAUGAAGCAGAAGAGAUUGAGAAGCCGCCAGCUGAGCAUAAAGGAACACAGUGUGAAGAUGUCCUGGCUUUUAAUGCAGCUGUCUUGUUACCUGGAGCAAGAAAACCACUGGUACCUCUUGAUUAUCCAAUGGAUGGUAGUUUUGAAUCACCACAUGCUAUGGAUAUGUCUAUUGUCAUAGAAGACGAAAAGCCAGUGAGUGUUAAUGAAGUACCUGACUAUCAUGAAGAUAUUCACACGUACCUUAGGGAAAUGGAGGUUAAAUGUAAACCUAAAGUGGGUUAUAUGAAGAAACAGCCAGACAUCACUAACAGUAUGCGGGCCAUCCUCGUGGACUGGCUAGUUGAAGUGGGAGAAGAAUAUAAACUGCAGAAUGAGACCUUGCAUUUGGCUGUGAACUACAUUGAUCGGUUCCUCUCCUCCAUGUCUGUGUUAAGAGGAAAGCUUCAGCUUGUGGGCACUGCUGCUAUGCUGCUAGCUUCAAAGUUUGAAGAAAUAUACCCCCCAGAAGUAGCAGAGUUUGUGUAUAUUACAGACGAUACCUAUUCCAAGAAGCAGGUUCUGAGAAUGGAGCACCUAGUAUUGAAAGUCCUUGCUUUUGACUUAGCUGCGCCAACAGUAAAUCAGUUUCUUACACAAUACUUUCUGCACCAGCAGCCUGCAAACUGCAAAGUUGAAAGCUUAGCAAUGUUUUUGGGAGAAUUGAGUUUGAUAGAUGCUGACCCAUACCUCAAGUAUUUGCCAUCACUUAUUGCUGGCGCUGCCUUUCAUUUAGCGCUCUAUACAGUCACAGGACAAAGCUGGCCUGAGUCAUUGGUACAAAAGACUGGAUAUACCCUGGAAAGUCUUAAGCCUUGUCUCAUGGACCUUCACCAGACCUACCUCAAAGCACCACAGCAUGCCCAACAGUCAAUAAGGGAAAAGUACAAACAUUCAAAAUAUCAUGGUGUUUCUCUUCUCAACCCGCCAGAGACACUAAAUGUGUAAGAGUGAAAAGACUGCCUUUGUUUAAAAUGGGAGUCCUCACAGUUCACGCUGUACAGUUUUUAUUUUGGAUUUUAAUUUCACAAUCAUUUCUCAAUGUAGAUGGUAUAGCCACAACAAAUUAUGGUAUCCAUUGCUUUUUAAAUGGUUUUAAUUUGUAUAUUUUUUGUACAUGUAUCUAUCUUAGAUAUUUGGCUAAUUUUAAUUGGUUUGUUAACAUUGGUGCUGCCAAGUGUCAGGAUAAUAAGAAUAAAUUGAUUUGGAAAUCUUUGCAAGUCAAAGUUAAUUUGAGAUAAAAGUAAGAAUGAUAAUGUCACUUAAAAAGUUAACUUGGUGGGGUAGUGAAGGCUUUCUAACAUUUUAAGCAACUGACCCAAACUGCUGACUUGGUCCUAAAAUAAUAAAACUAGACUAAAUCUAUUUACAGUAUAGCAGAGAUCCCCUUGCUCAUUAAGCAUAUGUUGCAGUAGUUUAUGGAAGUAUUUUAUUUAUCAACUCUUACAAAUGGGCUGGGACGCUUUUGUGUAACAGAAAAGCUGCCCAGAAAAUUUAUUCAAAGCAUAAUGUUAAAGACAGAACAAUUUAUCAAAAAGUUCGGCUUUUAUAAUGGAUUUUCAAAUAAAAUAGCAUUGAAUAAAUACCCUUUUGUUAAGUUUUAUAUAUAUAUAUAUACAUACAUACAAAAUGCCAUUUAGUUAGCAGUUCUCUUCUUUUUCCUCCUCUUCACUUGACUUUUAAUUGGUGCCUUUUCUUUUGCACUGGUGGUCUGAGCUCUGUGAAAUAAGUAAUAGAACAGCUUACUGUACCCAACUGAAUCCUGGACUGGAUCACUGGAACUCUGAAAUGUACCCCAUUUUAUAGGUUCUGUUUUUAAUGUAUAUUUAAAAGAAACAGAAAUCUAUUACCUUAUUUUCUUUGGGUUCUUCUCUGGUUCCAAAAUGAUCAUUUCUUCUUCUUCACUAUCUGAUAGCACUAUAGGGGCACCUUUAAGAAAAUACCAAAAAACUAUAAUGCUCUCAUUUCCAAGCUAAGACUGCUUAAGCUAUGCUGCCUGGAGGCAGUGUUUUCUGUAAGCUUUUUCUUUCAUUUUUUUCCAGAGGACUCUGUAGACCAGGAUGAUCUAGUUAUUACUACCAGGGCUGACCAUGAAAAAAAUGUAGAAAACUGCUUUGUUUGCCCAUUUUUGUCUUCAACGUUAAUUAUAUAUAUAUGUGUGUGUGUGUGUAAAUAAAGUGUGCAAAUUAACCCCA